UUACUCCAAUCAUGGAAGCACACAUGUUUAGAGAAGACUUCAACAGUGCCAACAAAAUGCAGAAGCAAGUGGAGGUCAGGAUGGAUGAGAGUCACCUGGAGCCCAGUGUGGACUUGAAUGAGAGCGCAUGCAGCACUCUUUGUGAUAAAGUCAUGAACAACAUGGUUCUCACUCUCACGAUCCUCGGCGUGUUUCUGGGCUCCAUCUCUGGAAUGCUGCUGCGGCACAUAUCUCCUCUCCCUCCUGAUGUUAUUAUGGUCAUCGCCUUCCCUGGGGAGAUCCUAAUGAGGAUGCUGAAGAUGCUUAUUUUGCCUCUUGUGGUUUCCAGUCUGGUCACAGGACUAGCCGGUCUGGAUGCCAAAUCCAGUGGCCGCUUAGGCACCAGGGCCAUGGUGUACUAUAUGUCAACGACGGUGAUCGCAGCUGUCCUGGGAGUGGUGCUGGUGCUGAUCAUCCAUCCCGGUAACCCCAAGCUGAGGGCUAAUCUUGGACAGGGAAAGAAGAACGACGAGGUGUCCAGCCUUGAUGCUUUCUUUGACCUCAUCCGCAAUCUUUUCCCAGAGAACUUGGUGCAGGCGUGCUUUCAGCAGAUCCAAACAGUAGUUACCAAAGUACCUGUGCCCACUAACAGAACCAAAGCACCUCCACAGUUUACUAUCAAAAGGUCACUUGAGUUCAAGGGUGGGAUGAAUGUCCUGGGUUUGAUUGGAUUCUUUGUUGCUUUUGGAGUUAUAAUGGGGAAAAUGGGAGAAAAGGCCAAACUGAUGGUGGAGUUUUUCAACGUCCUGAAUGAUAUCGUCAUGAGGCUUGUUGGCGCAAUUAUGUGGUACUCCCCUCUUGGUAUUGCCUGCCUCAUCUGUGGAAAGAUCAUCUCCAUUGCUGACUUGGAGGUGGUUGCGAGGCAGUUGGGGAUGUAUAUGAUCACUGUCAUAGUUGGUCUCAUCAUCCAUGGAGGCCUGUUCCUUCCACUGAUAUAUUUUGUGAUAGUAAAACAAAAUCCCUACAAGUUCUUCAUGGGAAUAUUCCAAGCUUGGGUCACGGCACUUGGAACAGCGUCCAGUGCUGGUACCUUGCCCGUCACGUUCCGAUGCUUAGAGGAGAACCUGGGCAUCGACAAGAGAGUAACACGUUUUGUCCUCCCAGUGGGCGCCACCAUCAACAUGGACGGCACAGCGCUUUAUGAGGCUGUGGCUGCCAUCUUCAUUGCUCAGAUGAAUGGCAUUGAGCUCGACUGGGGCCAGAUUGUUACUGUCAGUAUGACGGCCACCCUGGCCAGUGUUGGAGCAGCCAGUAUUCCCAGUGCUGGACUAGUGACCAUGCUUCUGAUCCUCACGGCUGUGGGGCUGCCCACUCAGGACAUCAGCCUCCUGGUCGCUGUCGACUGGUUGCUGGAUCGUUUCCGCACAUCAGUCAACGUGGUUGGGGACUCCUAUGGAGCCGGUAUCGUGUACCAUCUUUCCAAGGACGAGCUUGACUCCUACGACUCUACCCAGACCCGGAUGGAUGACUUCGAGAUGGCAAAGACUCAAUCCUUCUAUGAAAAUAACAGCAACCAGAACGUAUACACUCACCACAACUCAAUCUUGAUAGACGACUGCAAGGUCACGAUGGGCACAAAUGGCAAGACUGCAGCGUUCUCUCUUGUUGAGGAGGAACCAUGGAAAUGCGACUAAAGCAGAUCCAGAUGCUGCUGCGCCUUACCCUAAGUUCCAACAGCUUUUAUUUUCUGCUUACACAACACAACAAAAAAGAACAAAAAAAAUCACAUACAAAAAGAAGAUUUAAAAAAAAAAAGAGAGCGUUAGCAGAGUCAACGUACCGCAAGAACAAACAUUCGGCCAAUCCUUCAGUUACCCAUCCGGGUAUCUUCUGGAACUACAGAUGGCUCAACAACUUGCAUUAGAUCUUGCAUUUGCACUAACUAGACACAAACUGUAAAUAACUGGUGCAUUUUAUUCACUUUGUACAGAAAAAUAAAUCAUUUGGUUGACAACACUCAGGGCCUUACUUGGUACUGCUGCAAGCUUCCUGUUCUGUUAACUUCCGCAACAUCUCAUUCUUCUUUUGUAUUGAAGCAUUUUCUUUGUAACUAAAAGGGCAGAGAAAUGAUGGUUGGAUGAUGGCCUUGCCAGUUAAAUCUUAUAAAAGAACCAAGUGAGAGAUGAUAGGAAUGUUGGAAAUCAACUCAGAACAUAUGAAGGAAAUCAGUCAUCGGAAUUGGCCAGGUAUUUCUGAAUGGUAGUCCCUAUCAGUGGCAUGCUCUGUCUUCUUAUGAAAUGUCUGUAACCACCAAAGGUUCUAAAUAAUGCAAACUGGAUUGAUGAAAACGAAACAUUAACUCAAUGAAACAGUGCUGUUCGUGGUAUUAUGAUCUAAGUACGAGAUGGUUAAACAGUCAUUACCUUUGACUGCUUGACUUAUAGGAUUACACCCUGAUGUCACACACAUGGUUCGAGCCUAAGAAGCAAAGCUUAGGACUUAAGAGCAGCGCAUGUGCCAUCUAAAUGUGGCAACAAACAGUACAGGAUGUGUUGCAGAGAGCCGUAAAGCAGAAAAUAGAGUAAGUGAAGGGUGCCCUCCCAGUUAUUUCUUUAUUAUUUUUUUUGUAUGUUCUCUAUGAGUUAAGCAUUGUUCGUAGUCAAAAAGUAUGCCUGUGUACUGGAAUUUAUGUGUGUCAUGCGUGUUUCUGAGAGCAAGAGAGGAAGAUUAACAAAGAAAAAGAAAAGUUGGUGGUUCAACUGGAGAGUUGAACUCUCAGCAGGCCAGCGAUUGCUCUGUCUUUUAUUUCAAACUGUUUAUAUCUUUGCUAUAUGACAACCUUGCCUUGAUGAUGUCAACUGCAGAGUGCAGUCGGUGUGAUGACAAACACAUUUCAGGAUAAAAGUUUAAACUAUAGAAUAUUGGGACUCACAUUUUAGAAGAGGAAGUAAAGUAAGGUAUUAUUUCCACCUACUUGCUUUACUAUGCUCAGAACGGGGACGGCUGGGCCUUCCUCACAAGUCAUUACUUAAUUACUAUGCAGCUUUAGAUGUAGUUUCAACACAGUAAAUUUAAACAUAAAUAACAGUGUUAAUUAGCAAGGGUAAUGUCUGUUUAGCAAGUGCACACUAAAUUCUGCCACCAGCUCUCACAUAAAUUUAAAGCUGUAACAACAAGGUCAUUGGAUUUAGGUGGAAUAUGUGCAUGUUCAACACUGUGUAGCAUCUCUGUUCAAACCUGGGAAACAGGAUUAUUUAUUUCUCUUUUCAUAUAAGCAACGGCUUAUAUAUUCAUGUUUAAAGUGCCUCCUUGCACUUUGUGUAUAUACUCUCUUUAGAUAAAGUGUAUAAAUCAAAUGUAUAGAAUUUGACAUUUUAUGUAAUCUGUCAGAAUUGUUUUUGCUAUGCUUAAGGUUUCUAUAAAGACUAUAACUAUAUAUAUGUAACAAUGCUAGCACAAUGUUAAUGUUCAUUUUAUGGGCCACUAGAUGUCUCAAUAGGUUGUGAAUUUAGAGUUAUUUACUUCCAAACAAUGGAUUACAUUUAUUUGGUUUUAGGAGAAACUACAGAGCUUCAAACUGUCAGAGAAGAAAGCCCAAUAUUUUUCACUUGUUUAAUGAGUGGAUGCUAUUUAAGGGUAAUGAGCACAUUAAAGGAACAGUGUGUAGGAUUUAGGCAUUGAGUGUUGUAGUUGCUGAUUGCAACCCCUUUGCCUUGCCUGUCACAUGGAAAAACUACAUUGGCCCAAUGCGGAGGGCCCUAUCUAAAGCCAGUAUUGAGUUUGUACAUUCUGGGCUAGGUGGGAGUUCGACAUGGCGGACUCACAGGAAGAGGAAUAGAGUGAAUUGAAAUUGAAAUUGAAAUAGUGCAUUGAAUUUUGGACAUAUUCUGUAAAUAGAUGCCACAGAAUUUUACACACUGGACCUUUAAGGCAUUUCUUAUGUGCGUUGAAUAAUUGUGCUGGCAGCUACAGUACGUCUACAUGAGGCCUCGGCGAACCAUCUAGUGUUUGGCUCAAGCACGGCCUUCCGUCAAAAUGGAAGAGGGUCUUCCACAGUCAUUAUCAACAUUCCCUGAUUUAUGUCAAAAAUCGAUCAUCUAUUUAUUCAUUACAUCAUUUUUCCAUCUAUUUUGUUUGUUAUUGGGCCUUGAUCUACAUACGCAUAAGUUUUUAGUCAGCUGGCCACGUGUAGCAAGUGUUUUCUAUGAGCAUGUGAAAUUGUACAAUCUCUAGAUGAUAAAACUUCUAUUUUCUAUCUUUCUUUUUGAUUCUAUGCACAUAUUGGUCCAAGAAUGUGUUCAACAUUUUUCUUGCGUCUGACAUUCUUUGUAAUGCAAAACUUCUUUUGACUUUGACUAAAUGCAAGCAGAGACGCGAGGACUGAAUGCACUUGUACUAAAUAAAGUCUUAACAGUGCACGAAGAUAUUUGUCAGGCAAAUGGACUUAAUGUGUGUAAAUGUUUUAAUACUGUGUAAAUAUGAAUGCAAACAAAUAAAUGUUUAUUGAUGAGCUGCCGUUGUGUUUAUUUCUGAGACAAGGGCAGAUGUGAUACAGCAUGAGCAUUCAGUAAGUGCAUGUUGAAAGCAGAUGAAGUGCAGUGUAGGUCGCCAAGAGAAGCUGAUGAGUUAAUGGGCUGUGCCCUGUUUACUACAGAGCAGAGAAAAAACACCUUAAUAUAAGUUACAAUCCACGACACCGUCUUCAACAAUAUUAUUUACAAAAAGAUUUAAAAUAACAUCAUAAUAAAGGUAUACAUUUUCACUAGCGCAGACAUUUUUGUGUCCACAACAAAAUGUGUGAGUUAAAAAAGGACAUUAAUUAUUUACAAAAAAAACAGG